CAUUUCAAGCCCCCUUUCUCUCCAUUUUUUAAAUCUGUUCUCUCUCUGUGUUCUUUCUCUAAUUCUCUUCUUCAGAUGCAUCAUGCAUUUUAGAUGAACAACAGCAAUAAUUUCACUUCAGUUUAACGUCAUAGAAACGAUAUAUGCAGUCAAUCGAUUCUACUGCUUUAUUAAGUUUGUGAUUCCAAAAUUGCAGUGCUUUUAUCCGGUGUCUUAGUUGUGAAUAGUCACAUGAAUUGGAAUUUGUCAGAAGCACUGCAUCCUUUAAUGGUCACACUGUACAACUGUGCAGGUGACGAUACAAUUCCCAAAUUGUGGUCUUGUAUUCUCUUCGUCUCAUCCCAAAACAUUCUGAUUUUUAAAAACAAAUAGUUUGCUCUUAUAUCAUCUCAAUUUGAAAAGUGGUCUCAAGUUUUACAAUCUGUAGCACAGGCUCACUUUGUGAUUGGACAGUCAGAUGAUGCUUUUGCACAGUUGUAUUGUCAGUGAUAUCAGAAAGGUAAAUGAGGAUGUGAAUGAGCCACUCCACAUGUAAUGCGUGACUGGUGUAGUGCCCUCUCUUUAACAGUGGUCUUUCUGUUUUUGUUGUUGUGUUUUACAGUUCUUUUUCCUGGCUCUGCCAGCCCUGUUUACCAGACCCCUGCAGAAAAUGCCACCCAACAGUUUUGUCUCCUGCAGCACAGUCUUCUCUCUCAUGUUGCCUGUUCUAUGUGUUUCUCUGUAUACUCUGUCCCUGUGCACUCGGUUUAUUUUGAAGUCAUGCACACAGCACACACACACACACACACAAACCCACAGCACACAUACACACGUGCAUACACACAUGUAUCAUUUUGCAUCGAUCCCGUUAAGAAUAUUUUUAUGUUCAGGAUUCGUUUUCUCUUCCCAUCCCCCUCUUCCCAGAAGCAAAGGCUAUUGUUUAGCUCAGUGGUAACGUUGACGGGCUUUUGUUGGCUGUGAAACCAGAGAGCUUCCAGUUUUCUGAGCUCUCCACUUUAGGCCCAGAUCCGGAGCCCCGUAGGUAGAAUAUGUGAGUGAAUAUGUCUUAGGUUUGUGUAAAGGGCUGGGCUAUUUUGAAUGAUCCCAUACUGUCAGGUAAGGAUGGUUUCCAGCAAAAGCCCAAAUUAGAAUUAUGAAUCCUAAAUGUCAAUUACAUCUUAAUUCACAUGAUGCAUAAGAAUCAUUGUGUUGCUGGUAAGUCUCACCAAGACAUGAUGUACCAUGUUAAUGUUGAUCUCCGAAAUCUCUUAAACUCUUUUUGUUUUGUGUAUCUCGAUUUUUCUUCUGUGUGCUCUUUUAGCGAAGCAGCCAACGUGAGUCGCUUGUUCAUAAAACACCUAUAUGAAAGUUGAGAGCACAUCCCCUGUGGAGAACCGACUGUGCUCGCUAACGUUUGGUUCAUGACUUAAAAAACGAGUUCAGGGGUUAUUCCUGAUGAGGCAAAAGCUUUGUCUCUGCUGGCGCCAGCAAAUGCAGUGGCUGGGAUUCUUCCAGGAGGUGGUCUGCUGCCCACCCCCAACCCCCUGGCAUCGGUGACGAUGGGAAAUCCUUUGGGUGGCCUGGGAGCACCCAGCAUGGACCCAUCUCUGGGAGCCUUUGGACUGCCCGGAGCAAACAUGAAUCCUCAGUCUCUCACUGCUGAACAGCUGCUGAAGAUCAUGACUUCUGUCGAUCCAAAUAACUCGCAUCACUUCAUUGACUGGUCCACCACAAUGAAUCCCAUGGCGGCUGGCAUGGGUCUGAACCCUGCAGCAAUGAAGGCAGACGCGGCCAGCAAAGAGAUUGAGGAGGCUAUGAAACGGGUGCGAGAGGCCCAGUCGCUGAUAUCCGCUGCCAUCGAACCUGGCAAUAAGAAGGAGAGCAAGCGGAGCAAGCACUCGCGCUCGCGGUCCAGGUCCAGGCGGAGGAGGUCCCGCUCCCGGUCCAGACACAGGCGCUCCAGGAGCAGGUCUAGGCGGCGCUCGCGAUCCAGGAGCAGACGACGAUCCAAGAGUCCCCGCAGGAGGAAGUCUCACUCUAGAGAGCGAGGCAGACGGUCACUGAGCAAGCCCAGGGACAAGAGGAAGGAUGACCGAGACAAGAAGCGCUCCAAAACACCCCCCAAGAGCUACAGCACUGCCAGGAGGUCACGCAGCACCAGCCGGAGAAGGAGGAGAAGCCGCAGCGCUAGCCGAAGUCCCAAGAGGAUUGUGUCAAGGUCUCCUUCGCCCAGAAGACACAAGAAGGAGAAGAAGAAGGAGCGAGAGCGUGAAAAGGACCGAGGGCGCGACCGAGACCGAAAGGUCGAGAAGGACCGCAACCGAGACAACAGGGAGCGAUCCACUAGCAAGAAGAAGAAGUCCAAAGACAAGGACCGGGACCGAGACAGGAAGUCCGACAGCGAGAAAGGAGACGUCAAGGUCACGCGUGACUACGACGAGGAGGAGCAGGGUUACGACAGCGAGAAGGAGCGAGAGGACAAGAAGGAAUCGGACGACUCUGGCGCCUCUCCUGUCCACGCCAAGGGCAACGGCGUGGGGGUAGCCAAGGAAGCCAAGCUCAACGGCGACGACCACCAUGAGGAGGAGGACAUGGAAGUCAGCGACUGAGCCAGAAGAACCAAUGUUACUGUUAUCUCGAAACCCCCCCCCCUAAUCAGUUCUGAGUGGCAGGUUACACACCCAAGAUGCGAUGACUUAACAUGGCAUAUCACUCACAAAAAAAACCUUUUAACCCUUUUUUUUUUGACCAUUUUAGUUCAUGUGUAUAGCUGUUUUCCUCCUCUGACAGACAAUCCAUUAGUAAUGUUGUGGUGGAUUGGUCUGUAGAUGGAAAGUAAUGUCAUUUUUUCCAUUUUGUUUUGUUGUUUGCAAAAGAGCAGGACAGUUAAAAAUUGAAUGGUUGUAAUUUUUAGUGGACCUGGGUCUGUGAUGUUGGUAGCAGUGAGACCCAUGUCACAAUUUUUUUUAAUGCGUUGACCUUAACUUGAUCAUUACGCUUUGAAUUAUUUGAAGUCAUGUAAGCUUGAUACAUUGUGUAUAACCCUGUCCCUCAUGAAGGGGCAUUCAUAAUCAGAAAUCAUUUCCCCCUCACAUCAUUUCUUGUCAGCAGCAUUUUUUUUCACCUCUGGUGAUCUUACAGAAGUAUAUAUUCAAAGUGUGCCGUCAUUCUUGUUAAUGGCAACGUGUCGUUUCCCCUCUGAGACUCUAUGGCUAAUGUACAGUAUAGUCCUAUGAUGCUUAAGAUCCUAGUAGCCAAUAUUCAGUAGAGAUGAUUGCUGAACGUUUAUUUGGGUUUGUGAUGUGUUUUAUUGUUGCCUCUUUUUAUACUAUAAAUAAACAGAUGGUUGAAAAAUG